AUGGAAAAUACUGAUACUUUACAAGGGUCAAAUCCCAACGUUCUCAAGAGGUUGCCUCGAAGUCAGAAAAAGCGUCUAAAGAGGGAGAAGAAACGUUUAGCUCGCAGACUAAAGAGGCCAGAAGUAAAAAAGAGGAGGAAAUCAAUUAUGCGUUCCGAGCGUGAAAACCUAUUAUCAUCACUUUCUCCAGAUGAACGGGAGUUAUACAUAACUAAUCUGAGAAGAACAAAUUAUGAGAAGGCAGUCGAACUGAACAAUUUUCUUGAAAAGUCAUACAAAGAGGGCCUUCCUAUUUGCAUAGAUUGUAGUUUUGGAGAGGACAUGAAUUCAAAGGAAAUCAGGAGCCUUGCUAAACAAAUAUCACUUUGCUACAACCUAAUCAAGAAAUAUAAAAUACCUAUAAGGCUAACGUUGACGAGUUUUUCACAAUCUUCAUCUAUUUAUGAAGAUUGCCAGCUUUUCGGUUUUAAUAACUGGAAGGUGCACGUUCAUGAUUGUGGAUUUUGGGAACUUUUUGAUAAGGAUAAGAUUAUUGUUCUCUCUCCGGAUGCCACUGAGUGUUUGGAGGAAUUGUCAAAUGAUAAGGUUUAUGUUAUUGGAGGACUGGUCGACACUAACGUUAAAAAGAACAAGCUAUUGAACAAGGCGAUUUCUCAUAAUAUCAGUGCCAAAUGCCUUCCAAUCAAGAAAUAUGUUCCAAAUUGCAAGAAAACAGUCCUAAAUGUGUCAACAGUUUUUGAAAUUCUUUGCUUAAGGCUUAGUAGCUUCUCUUGGGAAGAAUCCCUUACUAAGUGUUUGCCAUCAAGAUCUCUUUAAUAAUAUCAGUAUAAUAUAUAUUCUAAAUAUCUUGUACAAUUUCCCACACAAUGAAACCAACGGCAAUCUGUAUAAUGUAAAAU